AACAUCACUUUUAGUUUGGUGAAAUGUGACUGAGAUUUUUAUGGGAAAUAAUGAUGCAAAUAACAAAAAAAAAAAAUCUGAUCAAAGCAUAAAGCAAAAAAAAAACAAAACACAUAAAAAAAAAAUAAGGACAUUCCAAAUCAAAAUGUCCCAUGAGCACCUGCUCACGACCCACCGGUGAUCAGUCAGUGGGAGGUCUGGUCUACCUGUGUGAGUCAUCAGCAGGCUGAUAAGCCCUCCUCCUCUUCCUCCUCCUCUUCAUCGUCACUGGUUUCCCUGGAAGCCGAGAGAAACCAGUCGGACGUCCACUGCGCCUCCAGGUUCACUCGCUGCAGGAUCCACACGCUCACUGGAGGAAUGCGUGGCACAACUCCUCGUUUAUGUGGAUUUCCAGAGGGGACAACUCACUUUGAACACGUGCAUUGUCAUUUUCUAGCAUGAUAUCUCCCUCCUGGAGCCGAUAAAGGCGUUAUAAAUGUCUGUCCAGCAGCAGCGCGUCGUGCAGCUCUCCGCCGCCUCGCUCGCCGUAGUCUUCGGCCCGGACGCGGAGAGUUUGCGCGCUGCUGGAGGGAAACUCAACGCCAACACUGCUACGAGCGGACAGGAGAUCUUUGCGGACUUCAAGGCGCAAAAUUUGCGCAGCUCUUGGAAUAAGAGACUCGUGAAAGCCGUGGCUGAAGUGCACUUUCAGGGAUGGAUGGAAAACUUGGUGCUUUUCAUUCAAGGCAACGCGAACAACCUGGAGGUGCUGAGAGAAGCGUGGAUGCGCAGAGCUCUGAGGUCACCCAAGGGAUUCAUCAUCAAAGCUGUCGGUGACCUGUCCCCGGUGCAGAUGUCCCCGGUCCUCCAAUCCCAGUUUAUUCCCUUGGCAGAGGUGUUGUGCUCAGUCAUCUCAGAUAUGAACUCUUCUCAAAUCACUGUCAACCAGGAAGCACUUAUCAAUUACAUGAGCAAAGCCCACCCAGGGAUAACCAUCCCCACUCAGGACAUCCUCUACAACGCUCUAGGCACUCUGAUCAAGGAGCGCAAAAUUUACCAUACAGGUGAGGGCUACUUCAUCGUCACGCCUCAGACCUAUUUCAUCACCAACACCAUGGUCCGAGAGAAGAACUGGUGGCCGUCCGGUUCAGCAGACGACCCUCCCUCGCCUCCUCCCAUUACUUACCUAUUGAGCAACGAUGCCUGUGUUGAGAGCACUGCAACGCUGCCAGUGGCGCACUGCAAGUCUUGCAGCUGCUUCAGCCCUCCCAAAACGUCCACUAAUAUCGCCUCCACUACUGUAACAGCCACCGUCCCUCCCUCCACUGUCCCGGACCAGCAUUCUGUCUCUUUUUCCAUAAGUGAAUGUACAGGCAAGAGCUUAAAGUGGCCACGACCGUUAGAUCACAAACCCACAGUGCAGCAUCAGUCCACCUCCACAGCGGCAGAUUGUCAGGCAAGUGAGAUCAGCAAAACCACAGCAACUACUAACGCCACUGGCCGCAAAGAAAAAGACAUCAAACCAGGGAGAAAGUUCGGUCUCAGUUUGUUCCGGAGGAAUGGAGGUAAAAAAGAGAAGCCAAAGAAGGAGUAUGCAUCCUUUUCAGCCCAGUUCCCUCCGGAGGAGUGGCCAGUAAGAGACGAGGAGGACCUGAACAACUUACCCCGUGACCUGGAGCAUGCCAUCAUCAGACGCAUCAACCCUGAACUGACUGUGGACAACUUGACGCGACACACAGUCUUAAUGAAGAAAAUGGAGGAGAGAAGGGAGAGGGGGGUAGACAGAGUGUUGGACAGGGGUCUGGAUAAAGACGACAAGGGAGUAGACAAGGGGAUGUCUACUGAGAUCCUAGCAUUCUCAAAACCCAGACAUCAUCACUCCUCUAAGGCAGGGAAAAGAUCUGCUCAGAAGGCCUCUCGCAGCAAGAGGAGGGCCCAUUCCUCCAGAGAGAAGCAGAAGGAAAGGGAGAAGGUUAAGAGUAAGGCUCCCAUAUGUGCGGAUGAUUGUCCAGAGGGGGAGGAUUUGAUCCCCGCUCGGCUCAGAGUGGAAAUCCCUGUUAAUGAACCAGAUCAAGUGGAAGAAGGUGGAGCCGUUGAGGGGAAAUCUCUUUAUAAGAAACGCAUUGAAAACCCUUUCCAGAGUCAUCCAAUCAAAGAAGCUGAGCCCGUUAUUCCUGCCACCAUCGACAAAGAGCAUAGAAGACGAGAGGUGAAAGAGGGCAAGGUUUCGGGGCUAGGGAGGAAGGAUCGAACGAGUCACCGCUCCAAAUCGUGGGACCCCCAUCGGGCCAAAGCGAUCGCAGCAGAUGGCGAGCAUGCAGGGAAAUCCCCUACAUCUGAGGACAGGUAUAACUGUGUCCAUGAGAGGGACGUUACUGCUGAUCAUCUGCUCCAAGCAGACAUAAAUAUCAAUAGAGAGCUGCCACCGGACUACAGCUCAGCCUACCCACAGAGCAGUACGCUCCGGAUAGACGACAAGGUCCGACAUCAGAGGGAGGGAAAGGAGAGCUGGGAGAGAGAAGGCAAAAAUGGGCAUUUUCAGGAGGCAGAAUACAACGGUGUACCAGACCACAGCCAAACUAUAGAUGACAGCCUCUCUAACAUCCAACAAUACUCCAAUACAAAUGCCAUUCUCCCUAUCCAUCCCUAUGAGCCUGUCGUAAACCACUCAUACGACCCGACUCUGCCCUGGACCAAGCCCUCUUUACAGCAGAAACACUCCCUCAGACUCUCCAACCCAGAAAGGGAUGAUAUUCCCGAGCUCUCUUCACACCAGCAGGCCUGUGAAACUACAGCCAUCCAGGAACAACGAGAGAUAAGGCCCGUCACUAUCAGUAAUAGAGAGCAAAGGACCAUGAGCCAGGGAGAAAGGCCAGAACUGAUUGCUGACAGUACAAUAACAGACACUGGUGGCUUUAUAGAAGAUGACUACAGGCUCUAUCAGAGAGUGGAGCACCAGGAGGAUGAGGAUGCCUGCAGCUCCUUGUGUCUGAAUGAGGAGGAGAUUACUGAUGCUGCAAAUGCGUACCGAACAGGGGUAGCGGACUACCAUAGCCACCAGUUGAUUUACCGUAACCAUGAAUCUGAUUUGCAAUAUCAGGGACCCCACCGUCACUAUUAUAAUUCCAACUUUCACCAACCACAAGUCGCCUCGAUACAAGAUUCAAGGGACAGCACUUUCAAAGAUCUCAUUCCCCCGGCAACCCAGCGGGAAGCUUCCCUCAGCCCCACCAGACCUGGAGAGACCAGCUGGAGACUCCAUCAUCGCCAUCAGAGGACUCGAUCACCAAGGGCCCAAAGUGAAUCCAGCCCCAGACAAGGCUUAUCGAUCCAGGGGGAGAGACAACACCUUGAUUUGGAUUGUCCCGAACCAUCAGAGGUUGCAGAGUUGCACAGUAGCAUCUUUGACUACUGCCAGACCAGUGAGGUAGAGUCAGACACGGAGACGGUCCGUAAGUCAGCCGAUGAGGGCGACGGUGAAUCUGCUCACUGGGCCGCUGAGGUGGAGGAAGUGCGGGAGGAUGAGUUCCAUGAGACGGGUGUUCCUCAGACCCGAAGAGCUGUUCUGAGCAUGCCCAGUGGAGCCAGAGGGGCAACGAUUGGGGAAGCGUUGGAAAUGGGAGAGAACCAGAGCAUCACAGGAGACAGUGGUAUAGAUUCUCCUCGGACCCGUGUCAGUCUGGCCUCCAGCAACACUGUCAUCCUGGAGGGUCUCAAGAGAAGAGGCUUUUUACAAAACUUGGAGAAACUGCAUUCAAAGAGCAGCGCCAUUCGGCCACAGAGCUCACUGCUGCAGCUAACUCCUGUCAUGAACGUAUAGCAGGCCGGAGUCUGACGAAGCUUUGUGUGGGAGCUGACAGAUCUCUUCUCGUAGCUCAAUAUGAAAAGGCCAAAACUAUGUGACUCUCCAGUUCUAUGCAACUGCUACGUCAGAAACAUAUCCAAUAAGGAAGGUUUGCACUUCGUUGCGUACCUCCACAUUAAAACAGGAGCCUGUGUACAGAUGUACAGUAUAUAUAUAUUUCUUUUUGUAAAUAUUUGAAAGGUAAUAUGCUGUGAUUCCAUUCACAGACUACUUUGUACUGUAUAUGUGCCGUUAAAUGCAUGGUGUAUUGACAGCAUUUUUUGUGAUAUAAAUGUACAGUUUUCCUUCUCUACAUUAGCUAAAAUGUUCAUAGCAGCAAUAACAUCUAGCGUUUCCUUUUUUUCUCAAAAUGUAGCAUUUACCACAAAUAAAACUGUAUACGUAUGUCAACCAA